UAUAUGCUAUACAUACAACACACCAUGUAAAGUUGCUUGACUUGUGUGAACUUCACUCACUGACUUGUUUGAAGUUAUUUGCUUUGCUGGUGGGUGUCUACGAUACGUGUCAAAGUAUACAGUAAAUCGCAUUUGAUACGGCAAUUAUAAAUCAAAAACAAUGAAAUACAUAUUAGUAUCAAUUAUAUUAGUGUUAACAUUUAGUAAUUCAUGUAAAUCUUCAUUAUUCGAAAGUGACUCUUGUUAUUCUUUCGGAAGCGGCAAUGUUUUCCCUGGUGGUGCAAGAAAAAUUGAUCAUAAAUUACAGUUUACUAAGGCUAUGAUUUCCAAGCCGGCACCGGAAUGGGAAGCUACUGCAGUUGUCAAUGGAGAAAUUACACAGCUUUCAUUAUCAAGCUUCAAAGGGAAAUACUUAGUAUUUUUCUUCUAUCCUCUAGAUUUCACUUUUGUUUGCCCUACAGAAAUAUUGGCAUUUUCUGAGAGAGUGGAAGAGUUUAGAAAAAUAAACACGGAAGUUGUUGCAUGUUCGGUUGAUUCUCAUUUUACUCAUCUUGCCUGGAUAAACACCCCACGCAGAGAAGGGGGUCUAGGAAAAAUUAAUAUUCCACUAGUGAGUGAUUUAACUCACUCGAUUGCCAAGGACUAUGGUGUAUACCUAGAAGAUGUUGGUCACACUUUGAGAGGCCUGUUCAUUAUUGAUGACAAGGGUGUCUUGAGGCAGAUCACAAUGAACGAUUUACCUGUUGGAAGAUCAGUUGAUGAAACUUUAAGACUUGUACAAGCAUUCCAGUAUACAGAUAAGCAUGGUGAGGUGUGUCCUGCAGGGUGGAAACCAGGCCAAGAUACGAUAAUACCCAACCCAGACGAAAAGAAGAAGUACUUUGAAAAAGUGGCAAAAAAUUAAUUUUCACAGUUACUGCCAGCACAGGAGAACCCAUAAAUCAAUAAAUCACACAAAUUUUAUAUAGCAGUAAAAAAAAAUCACCAUCUGUACUAAUACAUUGGAAAUUCGCAAAUGACAAUAAUUAUUUCAGUUAGAACUUUUAAUACUUUUAAUUUUACAUAAAUAGAAGCUUAUCUAGACUAGGCGAAUUAACUUAAUAGAAAGGAAGUGAACUAAGUCAUUUGGAUUUAUAUUUCUUUAAAAUAUCGUUCUAAAAUACUCUUAAAAUUAUUAUUUAACACCUGCGUAAAUAAAACUCACAGGUAUUUUGCAUUACGAACUAAAUCAUUAUAACGUAAGUUGUAAGCAACAAUAAAAUUGUUAAAUUUUAUCUAAUUAAUAAUUUUAUGAUCUUUCUUACCUACCUAAAAAAUUACUCUACAUCACUUAGAGAAGACUGAUAAUGAGAGAUCGUUAAUGAACUUUUUUCACUAUUUUAAAAGGCGUGCCAAGUACAUUAUCGAAUUGGUAAAAGGGAUUAUUUUUGUAAAACUUAUACAUUAAUUUUAAAUAAAAAUAUGUCAACAUUAA